AUGGCGUAUUCGCGCGGGUCAAACGAUGACCCCAAGACCCACUUUUUGACCGGACUGCCGGAUGACUCUAUAUCGCACAUCUCGUGGACGCACACCGCCAACCCGCUCCUGCUGGGCGCAGGGAGCUGGGACAAGAGCGUCCGGCUCUGGAGGGUAGCGCCCGCUAUCGGCAACAUGGUGACAUCUGAAUCCGUGAUGCUGUACCGCCAGGAAGCGCCGGUGCUGGCCAGCUGCUUCUCGGCCGACGGCACCAAGUUCUUCGCCGGCGGAUGCAGCAACACCGUCAUGGCGUACGACCUCGUCAGCCGCAACCCGACGGGCAUGCUGGUGGCUAAACACGACAAGCCGGUGAUAGGUGUGUACUGGGUGCAAAAGCUCAACGCCAUCAUGACGACGAGCUGGGACGGCAAAAUAUGCAUGUGGGACGGCCGACAGCAGCAGCCCAUGUGGACUGAGAACAUUGAGACGAAGAUAUUCGCGUCGCAUUUCCGCCCGAACAUUGUGUGCGUCGCCGGGAGCAACGGGAAAAUCCACGCGUGGAACUUGGACAACAUCCAGCACGCGAAGAGCAAGGUCACGCUGGAUUCCAUACUCAAGUGCCAAGUGCGUUCACUGUGCCUCUUCCCCAACGUGACCGAUAAGUCCGGGAUCGUGUACACGUCAAUUGGGGGCCGGGCGGUCGUGAGCUACUUCACGGAGGAGAACAGGUCGCAUAACUUCUCCUUCAAGUGCCACCGGCAGGACGUGCCGGGCAAGUCCGCGCAAAUCCACCCGGUGAACGCGGUGGACUUUCACAACGUCCAUGGCACUUUCGUCACCGGCGGAGGAGAUGGCGUCAUCACCAUCUGGGACAAGGAGCACAGGUCGCGGGUCAAGACGUUCAACAACGUCGACUCCCCCGUCGUGGACGUCAAGAUACACUCCGAGUCUAACAUGCUGGCGUACGCCACGAGCUAUGACUGGUACAAGGGCCUAGACCAGGACCUGCUUGCGAAGACCAGGCGCCAGAUCGGGAUUAUGCAGCUGCGAGACGAGGACGUAAAGGGGCGCCCCAAGACCAUUGGCGGCCGUAGAUAA